AUGGCCGGGCACAAACUUGAGCUACCAAAACUCGAGUGGCCCGUAGUAUCGUUGGGCGAGCCUCUUCCAGAACGCGCUGUAGGCCAUCUCUCUGUUAUAAACCCGAACAGGUUCAUGGACCUACCGUCAUGGCCAGAAGCACCGUCUCCUUCAACACUACGACCAUCUAAAGAGGUGGAUCUAUCCCCAAGUUUACCGCUCUACAAGGACAGGAAGCGGCUGGUAGUUUUUAUCGGCUUGAUGAUCGCAUGGCUAUUUAAAGGCUUCGACGACACGGUUAUCACAACGAUUGUUCCGGCGUUGUGUCGCAAAUUCGACAGUCUUACACAAAUAGCUUGGUUUUCGGCUGCGUAUUUCUUACCCCAGGCAUGUUUAUAUAUCGGGUUUGGGAAGCUAGCACAAGUGAUGAAUCUUCGAUGGAUGGCUAUUAUUGAUGGGCUGGCAAUUACUGUCGGAUCAAUCGUGUGCAUAUUGGCUGACUCGGCCUCUGUAUUCAUCGCUGGCCGCGUAGUGACAGGCAUAGGAAUCGCGGCCGGCGUGCCUCUCUGCGCAACAAUCCUCAUCGAUAUCACCAGUCCGGAAGAGAGACCCACAUAUAUGGCGUCGUGCGUAGGCGUUGAUAUAGUGAGCCUUGCAUUUGGUGCGCUCCUCGGAGGGUAUCUGGAAACGAAGAUGGACUACCGGUGGGCCUUUGCCUUUACGAUCUUUGGUGCUCUACUCUCCGUGACAUUGAUUGCUGUGGCAUACGAUCAACCAUAUCAUGAGAAGGAUACGAUACCUGCGAGCGAACACCUGCGAAGGUUCGACUUCUUCGGUUUCGGGCUCCUUUCGAUGUUCAGCGUCUUUCUUCUGGUCGGCAUUCAACUGGCCGCUCAAAGCAACGAAUGGAAAUCAACCUCUGUAAUCUCCUGCCUCGUAGUUUCUGCGAUCGUGCUUCCGUGCUUCAUAGUCCACCAGGCAAAGCACAACGAUCCGGAUAACAGACUUUUGCCAAGAGGGUUAUUCAGCAGGGAUGUAUCAUUAUUGCUAGCAUUUGGCUUUUUCACAAUGUUUGCCAUGUAUGGAGUCUACUAUUACCUUUCGACGUAUUUCCAAACGGUCAAGGGACUUUCUUCGUUCGACGCUGCCGUCUCUCUUUUGGCGUUCUUUCUGGCAUCAGGUGUUUCGAGCAUCCUGGCCGGCGUGUCAAUGACGUGGUUGCCGUCCGCUAACAUUAUCAUUCUCCUUGCCGCGACCUUGUCGCUUGUGGGCACCUUCCUGCUGACUACCAUGGACGAGCACACGGAACUUUUGCGCGCCGGAUUGUUGAGUAUCAUCUCCGCAAUGGGCUUUGGUGCCUCUCAGACCCUUGCCAUUGUCUUUUCCCAGAGCUGGGUAGCGAAACAGCACGAGUCCUUUAUCGUGUCCGUGGCAUUGAUGGUUCAGUUAUUCGGUGGCACGCUAGGAUUGGUUCUGGGGGGUUCGGUUCUCAACACUCAGAUAUUGGACAGAGUGGAGAAGUUGAAUACUACGCUGACAGAAGAACAGAUAUCAGUCGUGGCGAUGGCACUUGCUAAGCCUGAUCGCAUCAGAGACUUCGUACCGCAGCAGUUGAUCAUGCCGCUUCUCGAUGUCUUCUCUUCGUCAGUUCGAAUCGUGUUCUACACUUGUGGAGCGGCGGCUGGUAUUGCAUGGAUCUUGGCUAUCUCCAUGCGGUGGCAUAAGAUAAACCACUAA